ACACACACACACACUGGCUGGGGUGUGUGAGCUGAGCCACAUCUGGAAUAGUAGCCACAGAGAAAAGAGUCGCGAGGCGCAGAAGAACUCCGGUACUUUGACGAACUCCUCACUCCAGCACGCCCUUUUCACGGAAACAAACCUUUUUGCUUUGCCUUCUUAUCUACUUGAAAAAUGCUGCUCAUCCUGCUCGGAGUGCUUAUCUUGCACUUGAUCAUCCUCAUCCUUCUCAUCGUGUCAACAGCAGCCAGCGCCUGGUCUGUCGGUGUGGACAGGGCCACAGAUUUGUGGUACAACUGCAAGACCAGUUCUGUGGGCUACCACUGCUCGCAAGCCAGCAAUGAAGACUGGAUCCAGGCGGUGCAGGCCCUGAUGAUCCUGUCCGUGCUCUUCUGCUUCUUCUCCCUCGUCGCCUUCCUGUACCAGCUGUUCAGACUGGUCAAGGGCGGACGCUUCUUCUUCACCGCCAUCUUCCAGAUCCUGGCCAGCGUGUUCGUGAUGUGCGGGGCGAUCAUCUACACCGUGAUGAGCCCGGACGACCCGUCCAUCACGCAGUUCGGCUACGCCUACGUGCUGGCCUGGGUGGCCUUCCCCCUCUGCCUCAUCAGCGGCCUCAUCUACAUCGUCCUGAGGAAGAAGGAAUGAGAGGGACCGGGAGGGAGCGAUGGGAAACCCCUCUCAGACGCAACAUCGCACUGUGCCUACUGCCCACAGACCAGAGACUGACACCACAACUACACAGCAGAUGUGCACGCGUCACACAACACACACGGAAACACUAAACGACAACAAUCAGAUUCUCUUUUUGCUGUAUUGCAAUAUUCAUUACUCUGAAAACACCCCACCUGUUCAGUUCGUCACUUAUAAUGAAAGACCGUUUCUUUUCUCUCCCCGGUCAGAAAAUAACACCACAGCGUGUUUCCAGAAGUGUUGGCGACUCGUAAACGUUUGCUGCGCGCCGGCAGAAACCGACUUUUCACCGUUUGGAACACUCCUGCCUUACUCCAGUACAAAGAUGUACAUAGUGUCUGUGGUUUUUAGACAUAUUUAUAACAUUUUUACAUACAUUGUGUACAUAGUGUUGUCGAGUUAACAUUGUCAUGCUCAUUCUACGUGAUGGAGUUCGUGUCUCUCACAAAAACCAUGCAGCUGUGCCAAAGAGAUGUCGCUUCAACUGCCAGAGUAUCAAGCUUUUCUAAAAAUCGUCCUUUUUUUUUCCAAAAAAAAAACAAAAAUACAAAAUGUGCCUUACUUAAAAAAAAAGUGUGUUCUCGAAGGAAAUAAGCCAAAAAAAAUAAUCAGAAAAAUGUUUUUAUAAACUCAUGAAGUUCUUCUUUUCUUACUUGAUAUACCAGAAGAAAAAUGUUUUGCAUUUUGUAAUCUAGUUUUUGAAAAUGGUGCUUUUUUUUUUUUAUCUUACUAGUUUUGAAAUGUAUAGCCCACUUUGUGUUGUGUGUCAUGUCCUGUGAUUAAUUUGCUUUGUACAAACCUAAGUUGCAUUUUUUUGUCAGUAUUCAAAAUAAAACUUUUGAAAUAA